AGGCAGCUAUAAAUAAUAAUGCGUCAUAGAAUAUAGAGAUCAAUUUGAAUUGACUUGCCUCAAUUUAUUUAUGGCUUAUUAGGAAGCGUGUUUCUUUGAAUUCAUACACUUUUUAAUUUCAUCUAAAUAAACAAAACUAGCAUGUUAAGUGUUGACAAACAAGAGAGAAAGAGACCGGUUGAUUAACGUCAUGCAUGUAGAGUAUAGUAGUAGAGCUGCUUUGGUAGCAUUAGCAAACAUGUUGGAUGAAGGAGAACAUUUUGAAUUUGAGCAAUUGAGUAGUACUACUACUACUAGUCUUCUUCCUUCGUCUUCUUCUUCUUCUUCUGUUGCAAACAUCAACAACACCUUCCACCACAUACCCUUAAUUCCUUCUACUUCUACUUCCAAUUCUCAUGAUCAAUUUCCACUUCAAACUCAAAUAAACCUCUUCCACCCAUCAAUAUUAUCAUUGCCCCACCACUCCCCUAACACCACUACCUUUAAUUCUAAUUCUAAUUCAAUCAACUUCCAGAUCCAAAUUCCACCACCGUUGAUCAUCGAUUCUAGCUGGACCAACCACGAACUUCUUGUACUCUUCAAGAUCACAUCUACCAUCCACAAUUUCUUCCCAGAUCAACUCAUCACAUGGGAUCAUGUCUCAAGUAAGCUAGCUGAGCUUGGGAUCAAGAAGAGUGCUCAAAAUUGUAAGGAGAAGUUUGAACAUGAGAACGCAUCAUUUUUCCCCCGGUUCGUUAGCGAGCUUCAAGAUCUUUAUCAAGGUGGUGGUUUUAGUGUUGACGAAAACACCCAACUCGAAGAAGAUGAUAGAUUAGAGACCAAGCAAUGUGAUGAUGAUGACGACAAGGUGAGGAUGGAGAAAUCAAAGAACAAAAAGAGGAAGAGGCGCCGUGAUAGAUUUGAAAUGUUGAAGAGUUUUUGUGAGACAGUGGUUAAUAAAAUAAUAGCACAACAAGAAGAAAUACACAAUAAGCUACUUGAAGACAUGCUCAAAAGAGAUCAAGAAAAGCUUGAUAGAGAGGAAACAUGGAAAAAACAAGAGAUUGAAAGGAUGAACAUGAUGGUACAAGAACAACAAGCUAUUGCAAGUGAUAGACAAGCCAACAUCAUUGAAUUCUUGAACAAAUAUCUAGCCACAGGAUAUUCUUCUUCUUCUUCUACACAAUUGCACCCACAAAACCCUAAUAAUCCUUCUAACAAUCUAGAAUCAAAAACACCUUUUUCUAAUGUGAUAGCAGAUCAAAACCCUAGCUCAAGUGACACAGAGUACUCAAAUUCCACUUCUACCCUUGUUGUGCCUACAAUAAUGGAGAAAUUAGAGGAUAGGAGAAGGUGGCCAAGAGAUGAAGUGUUGGCACUCAUAAACCUCAAGUCUACUACAAGUGUAAUAAACAGAAGCAACAAUAAUGUUGAAGGAAAUAGUAAUAAGGGACCUUUGUGGGAGAGAAUCUCUGAAGGGAUGUUUGAGUUGGGAUACAAGAGAAGCGCAAAGAGGUGUAAAGAAAAAUGGGAAAACAUAAAUAAGUAUUUUAAAAAGACAAAGGAUAUUGUUGUGAAUAAGAAGAAAAGGUCAAUGGAUUCUAGGACUUGUCCUUAUUUUCAUCAACUCAGUUCUUUGUAUAAUCAGCAGCAGGAAAAAUAAUUGAUCCACCCCAAGCUCAGUCUUCUGAUUCUCCAAUGGGGUAGUAUAAACAUGAUUAAGAAUGAUACAUCAUGUUUAUCAUGCAAUCAGUGAAUUAGCCGGUGAGAAAAUAUAUUUUUGAAUUUGUUUACUUGUCCCAUUUUUGUUUUUUUUUUUUCAUCAAAAUAAUUAGUUCAACCAUAUAUUUUUUUCGUUUCUUUUAAUUGUUUUGCUUGGUGAUUAGCAUCCUUGUUUUGUUAGAAGAAAAUCACGGUUCAAAUUAUAACUUGUUAGCAUACUGCAGUCCACCCCAGUGACUGCGGAGAAAUACAUCUAUUUAUAUAUGUUGGGAGCUUCUA